GAAAGCUGCAAGUUGUCUCGUGCCACUUUGCGCGGCUUUAAUUGGACUUUUUUAACCCGGGACAGGACCGGAAGUCUUCCCUUCGGUCCGCGGCUGCAGGACCCGGCUGACACCGAAGAAGAUGACCACGAUAAUAACAAUAAUAAUAAUAAUAAUGAUGAUAAUGAUGAUGAUGAAGAAGAGAGUGCUUCUUCUCCCGCUCCGCGCGCUCUGAUAGUAAGAUGCCACCGGGCCCCGGAGCUCGCUUUGACACGGCUCGGAUCGAGAAUAACCCGGGAUAAUUACCCGGGAUAAUACCAACACACCGACGCAACAGACAACACCAACACAAGUCAAAGAAAAGCCGAAUCCGGCGCACGUGGAGAGGAGAGACAGGUGGGCAGUGAUGCUGCUGUCGGCGCUGGUGCUCGUGCUGCUGUUGGCCGCGGGACGCUGUACUGCCGCCGCUGCCUUGCUCCGAGGCUCCGGCAGCCGGGCGGAUGGGCGCAGCGCGAUGGAGCCCGGAGGACGAUACCCCAAGACCAGGCCGGAGGGGGCGGGACUCAAUGGACCCUUGCUACACGGACCGGAAGGACAUGCCAGAGAUCCACGACACAAGGACAAAUUCAUCAAACACCUGACAGGUCCACUUUCCUUCAGCCCAAAGUGUAGGAAACAUUUCCACCGACUGUACCACAACACCAGAGACUGCACCAUCCCUGCCUAUUAUAAAAGAUGUGCUCGUCUGCUGAUUCGUCUGGCCAGCAGCCCUCGCUGUACAGAGAGAUGAUCACAAGCCAUGCUUCCGAUGUCCGUCCCCCUGGCGAGCGGAGAAGUUCUUCAGCCAAUAGAAACUCACCGUGAAGCGUCUCCGGCAGCUGGACACGACUUCAGGAUCUUUUCUAUUUUUUAUUGUUUUUCUAUUUUUCGCCUACGGACGACUUAACAUCUCAUCUCUGGACUCAAACUCUCACCUUCAGACGGAGAUCACAGAAAGGAUUUCUUAUAUUUUUCUGAAGCGAACUAACUAACGAAGAUGCAGGAUUUAUUUUCUGGCGGCAACGCAGAGUACUGUUACGCCAGAACGCAGAGUACUGCUACGCCUGAACGCAGAGUACUGCUACGUCAGAACGCAGAGUACUGCUACGUCAGAACGCGGAGUACUGCUACGUCAGAAUGCAGAGUACUGCUACAUCAACGCGGUACUGCUAUGUCAGAACGCAGAGUACUGCUGCUUCAGAACGCAGAGUACUGCUACGUCAGAACGCAGAGUACUGCUACAUCAGAACUCAGAGUACUGCUACAUCAACGCGGAGUACCGCUGCAUCAAAACGUGGAGUAAUACUGUGUCCGAACGCAGAGUACUGCUACGUCAAUGCGGACUACUGCUAUGUCAGAACGCAGAGUAGUGUUGCGUCAGAAUGCAGAGUACUUCUCCCUGUCAGAACGCGGAGUACAACUGCAUCAGAACACAGAAUACUUCUUCAUCAGAACGCAGAGUACUGCUACAUCAACGCAGAGUACUGCUGCGCCUGAACGUGGAGCAACGCUGUGUCAGAACGCAGAGUACUGCUACGUCAAUGCGGACUACUGCUAUGUCAGAACGCAGAGUACUGCUGCGUCAGAAUGUGGAGUACUUCUCCCCGUCAGAACGCAGAGUACCAUUGCAUCAGAACACAGAAUACUUCUCCAUCAGAAUGCAGAGUACUGCUGCGUCAAAACGUGGAGUACUUCUCCCUGUCAAAAUGCAGAGUACUGCUGCGCCUGAACGCGGAGUAACACUGUGUUAGAACGCAGAGUACUGCUGCGUCAGAAUGCAGAGUACCGCUGCGUCAGAAUGCAGAGUACCGCUGCGUCAGAAUGCAGAGUACCGCUUCGUCAGAAUGCAGAGUACCGCUACGUCAGAACACAGAUUACUGCUACGUCAGAAUGCAGAGUACUGCUGCGUCAGAAUGCAGAGUACCGCUGCGUCAGAAACCAAUAAAAAACUGUUUUGAUCUGAAACUAACGCAGGUUCCAACGGAGACUUUAAGACUUUGAUGUGGGACCGAUGUCUUUCGUUCUUUCAGUGUUUGGAGUUUAUUUCGGACGUUUCCAUUGGGCGCCUGCGGCAGGACAGGAAUGGACAAACUCUCUUCUGAUUGGACAUCAGCUGAAUAAGCUGUUGCUUAUGUUUGUUCUGAGAUGCUGAAAGUGUUUCAUGUUGCUUAAUAAUACUAUUAAUUACAGUAAACUAUAUA